AUGGCUCGUUUGCAAGAUCAAUGCAUGAACGAUUCCAACGCAGGGGUCUAUCAGCUACAAUUUAUCAUCCGAAGGGAUGUCAAGCUGGUGCAACCGCCUUGGGUGCAUCAUGCAGAGUUUGUCCGAGCACCGCCACUAUUGCAAAGUUAA